GACUGGGAGGAAGGGAAAGCUUGUUCUAAGGAAUGAAGGAACAAAUAGUUGUCACGUUCUAGUGUCACCAGAACGCACCCUGCAGCUGAACACAGGGUCUGUGGAGGAGACACGCAGUGGAGGCUGGCGACAGCCACGCACCUGGUGCAAGGAGUUUGCAUCUUCUUACUUGUGCAUCUCAAGCUGAGGCAAGUCUGGGACACAGUGCGUGUUAGCAACAGCCUUGCCUCUGGAGUCAGAUGGACCUGGGUAGACGUCUUAAUUCAGGGCUCAGACACAAGGAAGAAGGAUCACAUGAGGACACACUGAGAAGCCGGCUGACUCCAUGCCAAGGAGAAAGCUCAGGAGAAACCAAGCCUUUGGAAACCUUGAUCUCAGAUUUCCAGCCUGCUGAACUUCCCAGAUCUGAUUCCAGCUCUGGGCCCAUCAUGGAGAAGGACUUUCAAGACAUCCAGCAGCUGGACCCCGAGGACAAUGACCAUCAGCUCAGCGGUGGUGAGGGGCCAGGCACUUGUGGGCAGAAUCCCAGGAGAGAAAAUCCCUUUUGGAAAGGGCCAUCUUCUCCCAGGCCCCUCCGGCAGCGCCUCUGCUCCAGUUUCCGUCUCAGUCUGCUCGCCCUGGGCUUCAAUGUCCUACUGCUGGUGGCCGUUUGUGUGAUUGGGUCCCAAAGCACACAGCUGCAAAUGGAGCUGCGGACCCUGGAAGAAGCAUUCAGCAAUUUCUCCUCCAGCACCCUGAUGGAGAUCCGGGCUCUGGACUCCCAUGGCAGAGCAAAUGACAAGCUGACAUCCUUGGGAGCCAAGUUAGAGAAAAAGCAGCAAGAUCUCCAAGCAGAUCACGCUACCUUGCACCUUCACCUGAAGCACUUUCCAGUGGAUCUGCGCACCCUGACCUGUCAGAUGGUGUUCCUCCAGAGUAACGGCACAGAAUGCUGCCCCAUUAACUGGAUGGAGCAUGAAGGCAGCUGCUACUGGUUCUCUCGUGCUGGGAUGACCUGGCCUGAGGCUCACAAGUACUGCCAGCUGGAGAACGCCCACUUGGUGGUCAUCAAUUCUUGGGAAGAGCAGAAAUUCAUUGCACAGCACACGGGCCCCUUUCAUACCUGGAUAGGUCUCACGGACAGCGAAGGCUCCUGGAAAUGGGUGGAUGGAACUGAAUACAGAUACAGCUACAAGAACUGGGCUCUCUCUCAGCGAGAAAAGUGGUGGGGCCGCGAAGUGGGUGGAAGCGAAGACUGUGUUGAAGUCUUGUCGAGUGGCUACUGGAAUGACAAUUUCUGCCAGCAGGUGAACCGCUGGGUGUGUGAGAUGCGGCGAAAUAUCACUGGCUAGGAGCCCUGCUCCAGCAGGACUUUCUGUGCCCCGCCCCUGUGCCGGCCCAGCCUCCCUACUGAGGAUUGUGAAGGAAGGAAGCAGAACAGAGUCCUGGCCUGGGGAGGGGUUGAGGAAAAAUAGAAAAGGGGAGGUUUAACUGUCUGAAACCCUGGGAUGGCUGAGCUUUGGCCUCUUGCACUUCAUGUACUUAGUAUAAUUUUUGUCCUCUUCAAUGGAGUAGGAAAAGAAGAAGCAAAUACUUGAAA